CAUAUCUGGUGUGCUGAACAACUCUGGCCUUGACCCUCAGCCUCGCCAAGCCCCCAGCUCCUCUUCUUGCUGUAGAGCAAGCCUGCAUUGCUCUCAGAGUCUUGUGAGUUCUAACCACACAUCCCACCCACACUUGCACAGGAGUUAAUACUUAGAUCAAGUUGUAGCAAAUAAGUCUUUAUUUUGCUUUAUUAAGACUAAAAUAACAAAAUAAGCAGUACCCCAGCAGAAAGUAACCUGGAUGCUUGUUACAUUUCAGGCAUCUUGCUCAUGCCACUGCCCAGGGCUCAGAGAUAUAGGCUCCAAGACCAGUAGCUUGAGAUCAGCCUUCUUCCCUUAUCCUCUGCUCCCUGGACCUAGUCAUUAACGGCACACAAGCAUGUGCACAUCAGUAUGAGGCAGGGCACCUCAUUGUCUACCUAUAUCCAGUAUAGCCCCGAUGGUUGCCCAGGGGGUUGAUAGUAUUGUCCACUUCCCCUUUACCAGUCCAUCCCACCCCAGGGAAAAUUCACAUUCUUUUGUCAAUUCCAUUGGGUGAGGAGGAAGGUCCAACCCCUUAGCCUGACCCCCAAGAGCACCUGUUUCCAACAGCAAGCUGCUCCCUUUGCAGCCAUCAUAGGAACCAAACAGGCUUAGGAGGGAGGAGGGGUACCAAAGAUGCUAGACUUUGGGGGCCAUGAAUCUCACAAAGCUAUUGUUCUGUCCCCAGUUGGAGAAAAAGGCGAUGCAUACCCUAUUUGCCCAAUUUCAGAGGGUUCACAGUCCCUAGGGCCUGUCCUUGGGUCUCUCAGUUCAUGGAUCUCAGGUUAAAAAUCCCCAUGCCAUAGUGAACCCAGUCCACAGAGAUGUGUAGAGAAACAAAGCAAAACCAAGUUAUACAUCCAGGGUGGUAUCUGUCAGGCAGGUUCCCUUUUCAGCAAGCCAAACCUGGGAGCAGUGAGAGGAGGGGACAGUCAGACAAGGAGGGCCAGCCAUGAAGAACAUUCUGGAAUAAUGAGCUGAUGAGCAGAGGGGAGCUGUGAAACCAACCGGCAGUGGCCAGAGGAAAUGCAGUGUCUGGCUGCUGGCCAUCUUCACCCUCUCCCAUCAGCAGCAUCUCUGGCCCCAUCCUGACCCCUGGUGGCUGCUGGUGAGAUGAGGAGGAAAAUCUUUUCAAGCUCCUCCCUGCUCUAAGGGUAGGGGGAAGCCUGCAGGUCCUGGCGCAGAUGAAAAGCUGCAUCCUCCCACCUCCACCCCUGUAAGCCUCAGCUGGGGUCCCCAGGAGGUGCCAGCAUAUUUAGGGCACCCUCAGGAGGAUUUGCUCCACUGGAGUCACCAGAUGCCUUCUUGAUAUAAGCCCAGUAUACACAAUCAAACAAGUGUAUACUGUAUAAAGCACUUUUCGGCUCACCCCUGUAAUCCCAGCACUUUGGGAGGCUGAGGCGGGCGGAUCACCUGAGGUCAGGACUCAGAGGCCAGCCUGGCCAACAUGGCGAAACCUGUCUCUACUAAAUAUACAAAAAUUAGCCAGGAGUGGUAGCAUGCACCUGUAAUCCCAGCAACUUGGGACACUGAGGCAGAGAGAAUCACUUGAACCCGGGAAGCAGAGGUUGCAGUGAGCCAAGAUCGUGCCAUUACACUCCAGCCUGGGCGACAGAGUGAGACUCUGUCUCAAAAAAAAAAGCACUUUUCACCUAUCGAGUUAGCAAAACUGUGUGUGCGUGUGUGUGUAUCUGUGUAUCUCUCUCUGUGUGUGUGUUACAACUAAAGAUCAAUGCAAAUCAAGGUGCAAUAAGACCAGUACUCUCAUGAACAGUUGGUGAGAGUGUAAAUUUGUACAACCUUUCUAGCAGUAAUGCUGGUGAAAUAAAGCCCAAAUCUUUCAGUGUUCCUAUCCUGCGACCCUAUGUUAAGAAUCCAGCCUGAAGAAAUCUGUAGACUGAUAUAACAUGAUACCUGGAAUUUGAAAUAAAUGAGGGAGGAGAAAACAAGAUUGACCAAAAGCGAGAAUUACUGCAGCUGGGUAAUAGGCACAUGGGGGGUUCUUUAUUCUAUUUUGUUUACUUUGGUAUAUGUGUGAAAUUUUCCAUGACAAAACUUUUUUUAAUAAGACUUUUUAAAGAAAGUAUCAGAGGCUGGACAUGGUGGCUUACACCUGUAAUCCCAACACUUUGGGAGGUCAAGGCAGGAGGAUUGCUUGAGCUCAGGAGUUUGAGACCAGGCUGGGCAACAUGGCAAAACCCUGUCUCUACAAAAAUAUAUAUAUUUAAAAAAUUGGAAGCAUCCCUGCAACCUGACCGCAGCCGGUCUUCCCUGGACACCAUGAACCACACUGUCCAAACCUUCACUCCCACCAGCACCGACCGUCCCCCAAACUAUGAGAUAUUGAAGGAGGAACAUGAGGUGGAUAUGCUGGGGGCGCUCCACAACACUGCACCCUCGACAUCCACCGUUAUCCACAUCCAGAGUGAGACCUCCGUGCCCGACCAUGUAAUCUGGUCGCUGUUCAACACCCUCUUCAUGAACUGCUGCCCGGGGUUCAUAGCAUUCGCCUACUCAGUGAAGUCUAGGGACAUGAAGAUGGUUGGCGACCUGACUGGGGCCCAUGUCUAUGCCUUCACCGCCAAGUGCCUGAACAUCUGGGCCCUGAUUUUGGGUAUCAUCAUGACCAUUCUGCUGAUCAUCAUCCCAAUACCGAUUCUGCAAGCCUAUCAGUAGAUCCAGAGGAAUCAUCCCGACCAGGGCCUCUGCCCGUGACCUGUCUCCCAUGUACUCCAGCUUCCAUUCCUUGCCCUGCCCCCAGCCAAUCCUGUAUCAGCCUUUUACCCUCACACACUUUUCUACAGUCGUGUUCAACAAAGUGCACGUGUUCCUGGUAAAUAUAUAUAUAUAAAGUUAUCCAUGCAUCAUGGUGCACACCUGUGGUGUCAGCUACUUGAUCCCAGGAGGCUGAGGCGGCAGUGAGCUAUAAUCGUACAACUGCACUCCAACCUGGGUGACAAAGCAAGACCCCUCAAAAAAAAAAAAAGAAAGAAAGCUCUCUCUGGUGCAUGUCUUCAAGAUGACAAAGAAAAGAAGGAACAACAGUCGUGCCACAAAGACCAUGGCCACAUGCAGCCUAUUCGGUGCACAAACUGUGCCUGAUGCAUACCCAAGGACAAGGCCAUUAAGAAAUUCAUCAUAAGGCCGGGCGCGGUGGCUCAUGACUGUAAUCUCAGCACUUUGAGAGGCUGAGGCGGGUGGAUCACGAGGUCAAGAGAUCGAGACCAUCCUGGUCAACAUGGUGAAACCCCGUCUCUACUGAAAAUACAAAAAAUUAGCUGGGCAUGGUGGCGCGUGCCUGUAAUCCCAGCUACUCGAGAAGCUGAGGCAGGAGAAUUGCCUGAACCCAGGAGGCGGAGGUUGCGGUGAGCGGAGAUCGCGCCAUUGCACUCCAGCCUGGAGUGAAUGUAACAAGAGUGAAACUCCGUCUCAAAAAAAAAAAAUAAAGAAAGAAAGAAAAGAAAAAAAGAAAUUCGUCUUUGGAAACAUAGUGGAGGCUGCAGCAGUCAAGGACAUUUCUGAAGCGAGCAUCUUCGAUGCGUAUGUACUUCCCAAGCUCGAUGUGAAGCUGCGUUACUGUGUGAGUUGUGCAAUUCACAGCAAAGUGGUCAGGAAUCGAUCUCAUGAAGCCCGAAAGGCCAGAACACCCCCACCCUGAUUUAGACCGGCAGGUGCUGCCCCACGACCUCCACCAAAAUCCAUGUAGGGUGCUGA